AUUGCACCAACACAGGUCGACGUGUCAGGAAACACUCGGGAGAAGUAAAUGGGCUAAAGAAGCAGUUGGGAGACCAGUCUGCGAAAAAUAAGAGUUUUAUAUGUUCAGCGUGAAUUUGAUACAUUCAUAUAUAGUUAUCAUUGCUUUCCUGUGAUGUUGACCAAAUUUGAGACGAAGUCGGCCCGUGUGAAAGGGCUGAGUUUCCACCCUAAACGGCCCUGGAUCCUUGCUAGUCUUCACAAUGGAGUCAUACAGUUGUGGGACUAUCGGAUGUGCACACUGAUUGACAAGUUCGAUGAGCAUGAUGGACCUGUCAGGGGAAUUGAUUUCCACAAGCAACAGCCUCUGUUUGUGUCUGGAGGAGAUGACUACAAAAUCAAGGUGUGGAACUACAAGCUGCGGCGUUGCCUCUUCACUCUUCUUGGACAUCUGGACUACAUCCGCACCACCUUCUUCCAUCAUGAGUAUCCAUGGAUUUUGAGUGCCUCAGAUGACCAGACCAUCCGUAUCUGGAACUGGCAGUCCAGGACCUGUGUCUGUGUACUGACAGGGCAUAAUCACUAUGUGAUGUGUGCUCAGUUCCACCCCUCUGAGGACCUAGUGGUGUCGGCCAGCCUGGACCAGACCGUGCGUGUGUGGGAUAUCUCCGGUCUGAGGAAGAAGAACCUCUCUCCCGGUGCCGUGGAAACUGAUGUGCGAGGCAUCUCUGGUGUCGAUCUGUUCGGAGCAUCCGAUGCCGUUGUCAAACACGUGCUCGAGGGUCACGAUCGUGGGGUCAACUGGGCCGCCUUCCAUCCCACCAUGCCCCUCAUCGUCUCAGGGGCUGACGACCGGCAGGUCAAGAUCUGGAGGAUGAACGAGUCCAAGGCAUGGGAACUGGACACCUGCAGGGGCCACUACAACAAUGUGUCCUGUGCUGUCUUCCACCCCCGCCAGGAGCUCAUCCUGUCCAACUCUGAGGACAAGAGUAUCCGUGUGUGGGACAUGUCCAAAAGGACCGGUGUCCAGACCUUCCGCAGGGACCACGACCGUUUCUGGGUGCUGGGGGCUCACCCCAACCUCAAUCUAUUUGCUGCUGGUCAUGACAGUGGUAUGCUGGUGUUUAAGCUGGAGCGUGAGCGUCCGGCCUAUGCUGUAUACGGCAACAUGCUCUACUAUGUCAAGGACCGCUUCCUGCGCCAGCUCGACUUCAACAGCAGCAAGGACACCGCUGUCAUGCAGCUGCGCAGUGGGUCAAAGUUCCCAGUGUUCAGCAUGUCUUACAACCCUGCAGAGAAUGCUGUCCUGCUCUGCACUAGGGCAACCAACCUGGAGAACAGCACCUAUGACCUGUAUGCCAUUCCCAAAGAGAGCGACUCUCAGAACCCAGAUGCUCCUGAGGGGAAGAGGUCCUCUGGUCUGACCGCAGUCUGGGUCGCAAGGAACAGGUUUGCUGUUCUGGACCGCAUGCAUUCUCUGCUGAUCAAGAACCUGAAGAAUGAGAUUGUGAAGAAGGUGCAGGUGCCCAGCUGUGAGGAGAUCUUUUACGCCGGGACAGGCUCCCUGCUGCUGCGUGACGCAGAUGGGGUCACCCUCUUCGACGUGCAGCAGAAGCGCUCGCUGGCCACCGUGAAGAUCGCCAAGGUCAAGUAUGUGGUGUGGAGUGCUGAUACCAGCCACGUGGCCCUGCUGGCUAAACACGGUACGUACUGUACACACUCUAAACACACUCAGAUCUAUAUCAGGAUUACACUCUUAUCUGUCCUCUACUUUCUCUACAGCUUGGCUGUCAAGGUUUUGGGCCCUCUUGCUGUUUUUAAACAUCACGAUUCACUCUCUAUAGCUGUUGUCAACUAUCCUAUAUUUACACCCUUUUUAGCUUUUCCCUCGCUCUCUAGUACCCCAGAUUUACCUGCUAUUAAAUCUGUUGAUAAAGCUCUGCUUUCCUCUGCAGCCAUUAUGAUCUGCAACAGGAAGCUGGAGAGUCUGUGCAACAUCCAUGAGAACAUCCGUGUGAAGAGUGGAGCCUGGGACGAGAGUGGUGUUUUCAUUUACACCACAUCUAACCACAUCAAAUACGCCCUCACCUCAGGUGAUCAUGGUAUCAUCCGGACUCUGGACCUGCCCAUCUACGUGACCCGGGUCAGAGGCAACAGCGUCUACUGUCUUGACCGUGAGUGCAGGCCCCGUGUGCUGACCAUCGACCCCACAGAGUACCGCUUCAAACUGGCCCUGGUCAACCGCAAAUAUGAAGAGGUUCUGCACAUGGUGCGUAACGCCAAGCUGGUUGGCCAGUCCAUCAUCUCCUACCUGCAGAAGAAGGGUUACCCUGAGGUAGCCCUGCACUUUGUCAAGGAUGAGAAGACCCGCUUCAGUCUGGCUCUGGAGUGUGGCAACAUUGAAGUGGCGUUGGAGGCUGCCAAGGCUCUGGAUGAGAGAGGCUGCUGGGAGCGGCUGGGCGAGGCUGCGCUGCUGCAGGGUCACCACCAGGUUGUGGAGAUGUGCUACCAGAGGACCAAGAACUUCGACAAGCUCACCUUCCUCUACCUCAUCACUGGUAACCUUGCCAAGCUCCGCAAGAUGAUGAAGAUCGCUGAGAUCAGGAAGGACAUGAGUGGACACUACCAGGGUGCUCUGUAUCUGGGGGACGUCAGCGAGAGAGUUCGCAUCCUGAAGAACUGUGGCCAGAAGUCACUGGCAUAUCUGACUGCUGCUACCCACGGGAUGGACGAAGAGGCAGAAGCCCUGAAAGAGACAUUUGACCUGGAGAAGGAGACUGUCCCUGAGGUGGACCUCAAUGCCCAGCUGCUGCAGCCACCACCUCCUAUCAACCCCCUGGAUACCAACUGGCCCCUGCUUACUGUGUCCAAGGGCUUCUUCGAGGGAGCCAUUGCAGCCAAAGGGAAGGCUGGUCAGAUGGCUGCAGACAUGGAUGUUGAUACCCCAGGAGGAGAGGGCUGGGGAGAGGACGCAGAGCUUCAGCUGGAUGAGGAUGGCUUCAUGGAUGCCCAGGAUGGAUUAGGAGAGGAAGGAGGUGCAGCGAAGGAGGAAGGAGGAGGUUGGGAGGUGGAGGAAGAUCUGGACCUUCCUCCAGAGCUGGAGUUGUCAGCUGGCGCUGGAGGAGGGGCUGAAGAUGGUUUCUUUGUCCCGCCCACUAAGGGCAUGAGCCCCACCCAGCUGUGGUGCAACAACUCCCAGCUCCCUGUGGACCAUGUUCUGGCUGGCUCAUUUGAGACCGCCAUGAGGUUGCUCCAUGACCAGGUUGGGGUGGUGCAGUUUGGGCCCUAUAAGCAGCUGUUCAUGCAGACUCUGUCCCGCGGGCGGACCUGCUACCUGGGCCUGCCUUCUCUACCCUGCCUGCGUGGUAACCCCCAGAGGAACUGGAAGGACUGUGGGACCAAGCAAGGGCUGCCUGCCGUGGGUCUUCGUCUUUCUGACCUCAUCGCCCGCCUGCAGCAGUGCUACCAGCUCACCACUGCCGGCCGCUUCGAGGAGGCUGUUGAACGCUUCCGCGCCAUCCUGCUGUCUGUGCCACUGCUGGUGGUCGACAACAAGCAGGAGAUCGCAGAGGCUCAGCAGCUGAUCACAAUCUGCAGAGAAUACAUUGUUGGCCUCACCAUGGAAACAGAAAGGAAGAAGUUGCCUAAAGACACAUUGGACCAGCAGAAGAGGCUGUGUGAGAUGGCAGCUUACUUCACCCACUGCAGUCUCCAGCCAGUCCACAUGGUCCUGGUCUUACGUACGGCACUAAAUCUGUUCUUCAAACUGAAGAACUUCAAGACAGCUGCCAGUUUUGCCCGUCGCCUGCUUGAACUAGGACCCAAACCAGAGGUGGCACAGCAGACACGUAAGAUCUUGGCAGCAUGCGAGAAGACACUGACAGAUGCUCACCAGCUGAACUACGACCCCCACAAUCCAUUUGACCUGUGCGCUGCCUCCUACACGCCCCUAUACCGUGGACGCCCCGUGGAGAAGUGCCCUCUGUCUGGGGCCUGCUACUGCCCCCCCUACAAAGGCCAGGUCUGCAGGGUCACACAGGUGACGGAGAUCGGAAAAGAUGUGAUUGGUCUGCGUGUCAGCCCCCUGCAGUUCCGUUAGAGGACACGAAGAGAACCAGGGAAGAACGGCAUUGAUCAGAGAAACACAUCCACACUUUAUUCUAUAUAUACAGUUUUUCUCACCAGGGUUGGAGAGAACAAAACAUGCUUGAUAGGAUGACGUGAUUUAUUGGUGAGAGAAUUCUUUAUAUUAAGCAUUUACAUUUUUCAGACUGUCUGCUUCACUUUUCCUGUAAUGCUGUACUUGUGAGUGCCAUGUAAUCUCUGCUCCAAUGAUUGAGAAUUGUGGUUUUAUUAGAACCCUACUAGCCAUCCCUGUUGGUCUCUUUCUGACUUGUAUACACCAUCAAAUGUAAAUCACUGCUUUGUGUAACUCGUUAAAUAAAAUUGUUGUGUGCACCAUU